AAAGUGGCAGAGCAAAAAAUAACUAGGGUUUAAGAAGAAAUAAUAUCGAAAGGUGAAGGCGAAUUGAGAUAAUGGCAAAAUUUAACGAAGUGCAGAAGAAGAGGAGAGCAAUAAUCUCAGAGAGCAAAAGAGCAAGACAUGGUGACCCGAAUACCCGUAAGCUUAAACAGAAGGCCCAAACCCAUUCUAUAUCGGGAAAGCGUAAACGCAAGCUUUUCAAGAAAUGGCGCAGGGACCAAAAGGAGGCUAUUGAGAAGGGUGUGAUAACUAUGCAGGAUGUGGAGAUGGCUGUGGCUGAUGCUGCUGAAGGGAAAACUCAAGAUGCCAAAAAGACUCCUGUUAAAUUUCCCAUGAAGAAGAGCUCAAAACUUAAACUGAAGAAGAAAGGCAAGUUCAAAAGGAAAUCUGAUAAGCAAGCUACAGAAGCUUCCACAGAUGCAAUGGUGGAGUAAGCAUAUCAGGAACAACAACAACAACAACACCCAGUGUAAUCCUAUAGCUGGAAGAGCAUUAGAAUCACUUGGCUAACUGCUUGAUGAGCAAUAUGUAUCUUUCUUCUUUUUCUUCUUCUGUCCCAAAAGUUAACAAUGGCUUGUAAUCUACUUUUGUAUCGUCUUGCUACUAGAAAAAAAGAGGUGGGUUCUUAUA